CCACACCACACAGCCGCAACAGCCACCACCAGGCCAGCAGCGCGCACACACACCAGCCAAGCUCGCCGGAGAGAGAAGCCUCGAAGAUGUCCGGCCGCGGCAAGGGAGGGAAGGGGCUGGGCAAGGGCGGCGCAAAGCGCCACCGGAAGGUGCUGCGCGACAACAUCCAGGGCAUCACCAAGCCGGCCAUCCGCCGUCUGGCUCGCAGGGGCGGCGUGAAGCGCAUCUCGGGGCUCAUCUACGAGGAGACCCGCGGCGUGCUCAAGAUCUUCCUGCAGAACGUCAUCCGCGACGCCGUCACCUACACCGAGCACGCCCGCCGCAAGACAGUCACCGCCAUGGACGUCGUCUACGCGCUCAAGCGCCAGGGCCGCACCCUCUACGGCUUCGGCGGCUAGGCCGCGCCCGUCCACUCGAAUCCACCUCGCGCCGGUAGCCAGAUUCGUAGCAUAUAUAGCUAGCUAUGGGUGUCCACUGUUCAUUGUCUUCAUUGUAAUGGCCGCAUCUCGCUGCUCUUGUUCAGUGUUCAGUGAUUGGAUGUACAUCAGUGAUACUAGAAUGGAAAUCGCAGCAUUUUACCCUCGAAUUCUUC